ACCUCCUCGAUUCUAGGGAAUCGAGCGGUUGGUCGGUCGUGGAGCGCGAGAGGUGCGCGAGAAUGUCCGAGAGAGCGGCCUGAAAGCGCGGAUAAAUGUGUCGGUCGCGUUACAAGACUGGCAGAAGGUGAAGAAGGCGGGUGAAGAGCACCGCGCGGAGUGGUAUUAAGCAGCAGCACAGUGGCCCGAUGAAGCGGCGUAUGUGACAUCGGAUUUUCCUCUCUCUUGCCACCGUCGAGGAAGAAGAGACACCUCGCAGACAUCUUGCUGCCACCGUCCACGCCGUUGGUCCUCCAUUCACUUGGAGGCCAGUGGAGCAGCGACGCCAGAGAAUAAUACGAGCUGUGGUAGCCUUGCGGAAGCGUAACAGUAGUUGGCUUCGGCCAACGGGGACGACUGGGAUAUCAUGGCGACGAUAGACGGCCGGCCGGCCCAAUAUGGUGUCACGCUUAGGCAACUCCGCGAGCUCAUGGAGCUCCGGGGUCACGAGGGUGUCAACAAAAUCACUAGCUACGGUGGUGUGCAGGAGAUUUGUAGAAAGCUGUAUACUUCACCUAAUGAAGGUCUUAGUGGGUCAGCAGCGGACAUUCAACAUAGGCGAGAUACAUUUGGUUCCAAUAUGAUACCUCCAAAACCACCAAAAACAUUUUUACAGUUAGUAUGGGAGGCAUUGCAAGAUGUCACGUUAAUCAUCUUAGAAGUAGCGGCAUUGGUUUCAUUAGGUCUUAGCUUUUAUCAUCCUGCUGAUGAUAAAGAUGAGGAAAAGCCUCGGUUAGCAGAUGAGGACGAAGCGAAAUACGGUUGGAUUGAAGGACUCGCUAUAUUGAUUUCUGUAAUUGUGGUGGUCUUAGUGACGGCGUUUAAUGACUAUUCCAAGGAGAGGCAGUUUAGAGGUCUUCAAAGUCGAAUAGAGGGAGAACACAAGUUCUCGGUUAUACGGCAAGGAGAAGUGAAACAAAUCUCCGUGUCCGAUAUUGUUGUAGGUGACAUUUGUCAGAUAAAAUAUGGAGACCUGUUGCCUGCAGACGGUAUUCUUAUACAAAGCAACGAUCUUAAAGUGGAUGAAUCCAGUCUGACUGGAGAGUCAGACCAUGUAAAGAAAGGGGACACGUACGAUCCUAUGGUACUUUCAGGUACACACGUGAUGGAGGGUUCCGGAAAAAUGUUAGUUACUGCAGUAGGUGUUAACUCCCAGGCGGGUAUUAUCUUUACCUUACUGGGCGCUGCUGUUGAUCAACAGGAGCAAGAAAUCAAGAAAAUGAAGAAAGAGGCUAAAAAGCAGCGGAAGAAGAAGUCAUUACCAGGAGAGGAGUCGGUAGAGAUUACCGGGAACAGUCACGGCGGCAGUGGCGGUGGCAACGUCAGCGUCAAGCACGAGAGCGGCGAGAAUCAUCACGCGGCCGCACCCGCGAGCGCCGGGGAGGGCGGAAAGAAAGAGAAGAGUGUUCUGCAAGCCAAGCUAACUAAACUCGCCAUACAGAUCGGUUACGCCGGCUCGACCAUCGCGAUGCUCACUGUCAUCAUUCUAGUCAUACAGUUCUGCGUGAAAACCUUUGUCAUAGAGGGCAAGCCGUGGCGAAACACAUACGCCGGUGAUCUGGUGCGGCAUCUGAUCAUCGGUGUCACGGUGCUCGUAGUCGCCGUACCCGAGGGUCUUCCUCUAGCCGUCACCUUGUCGCUCGCUUAUUCCGUCAAGAAAAUGAUGAAGGACAACAAUCUGGUGCGUCACUUGGACGCCUGCGAGACGAUGGGUAACGCCACCGUCAUUUGCUCGGACAAGACCGGCACCCUGACCACGAAUCGCAUGACCGUGGUGCAGUCGUACAUAUGCGAGAAGAUGUGCAAGUCGACGCCGAAUUUCUCGGACAUACCGAGCCACAUCGGCGAGCUGAUCGUACAGGCAAUCUCCGUCAAUUCGGCGUACACGUCGCGGAUAAUGGAGUCGCUGGACCCUACUGAAUUGCCGAUGCAGGUUGGCAACAAAACCGAAUGUGCCUUACUUGGAUUUGUUUUAGCCCUGGGCAAGAAAUAUCAAACCGUGCGGGACGACAUUCCUGAGGAAAGCUUUACGCGGGUGUAUACGUUUAAUAGCGUAAGAAAGAGCAUGUCCACCGUUAUCCCCAGAAAGGGUGGUGGAUUCAGGCUCUUCACCAAGGGCGCUUCCGAGAUCAUCAUGAAGAAAUGUGCCUUUAUAUAUGGUCGCGACGGUCAUCUGGAGACGUUUACCAGAGAUAUGCAAGAGCGUCUAGUAAAGAACGUGAUCGAACCCAUGGCAUGCAACGGGCUGCGUACCAUCUCCAUCGCUUAUCGCGAUUUUGUUCCUGGUAAGGCGGAGAUCAAUCAAGUUCACGUCGAACACAACGAGCCAAAUUGGGAGGACGAGGAAAAUAUAGUGAACAACCUCACCUGCCUGUGCAUCGUCGGUAUCGAGGAUCCGGUACGUCCCGAGGUACCGGACGCGAUCAGAAAAUGCCAAAAGGCCGGCAUCACCGUGCGCAUGGUUACGGGUGACAAUAUAAACACCGCGCGGUCCAUCGCGCUUAAGUGUGGUAUCCUGAAGCCGAACGAAGACUUCCUUAUUCUCGAGGGCCAGGAGUUCAACCGCAGGAUCAGAGACAACCACAACGAGGUGCAGCAGCAUUUGCUGGACAAAGUGUGGCCGAAGCUGCGAGUGCUGGCCAGAUCGUCGCCCACCGACAAGUACACCCUGGUGAAGGGCAUCAUCGACAGCAAGGCGAGCGAGAGUCGCGAGGUCGUGGCGGUAACCGGCGACGGCACGAACGACGGUCCGGCUCUGAAGAAAGCCGACGUCGGCUUCGCCAUGGGUAUCGCCGGUACGGACGUCGCCAAGGAAGCGUCCGACAUUAUACUGACGGACGAUAACUUCUCGUCGAUCGUGAAGGCGGUUAUGUGGGGCAGAAACGUCUACGACAGCAUCGCCAAGUUUCUGCAGUUCCAACUGACCGUCAAUGUGGUCGCCGUGAUCGUCGCCUUCGUCGGUGCUUGUGCCGUGCAGGACUCGCCGCUCAAGGCGGUGCAGAUGUUAUGGGUAAACCUAAUCAUGGACACGUUAGCGUCCCUCGCCUUGGCCACCGAAAUGCCUACGCCCGAUCUACUCCUCCGUAGACCGUACGGUCGCACAAAACCACUCAUUUCUAGGACAAUGAUGAAAAAUAUUCUCGGUCAGGCCUUUUAUCAGUUGGGCGUAAUUUUCACGCUUCUUUUCGCCGGUGACCUGAUGCUCGACAUCGACACGGGCCGCGGAGUGGCGGCGGCAGGCGGCGGGCCCACGCAGCACUUCACCGUCAUCUUCAACACGUUUGUCAUGAUGACUCUCUUCAACGAAUUCAACGCCAGGAAAAUUCAUGGUCAACGCAAUGUCUUCCAGGGAAUAUUCACCAACCCCAUCUUCUAUUCGAUUUGGAUCGGCACGUGUUUCUCGCAAGUGAUCAUCAUACAAUACGGUAAAAUGGCAUUCAGCACCAGAGCGCUCACGUUAGACCAGUGGUUGUGGUGCCUGUUCUUCGGAAUCGGUACGCUAAUAUGGGGCCAAAUAGUUACGACUAUUCCUACACGCCGAAUUCCCAAAAUUCUUUCAUGGGGCCGCGGCCAGCCGGAUGAUAUCGGUGCGAUCAAUCUAGGAGACGAGAAAUUCGACCCCGACUCGGAUAAAAAGCCGCGCGCAGGGCAAAUUCUAUGGAUCCGUGGUCUAACACGGCUACAGACACAGCUUCGAGUAAUCAGAGCGUUCAAGUCGACUCUGGAAGAUCUGGAGGAGCGUCGCUCUGUCCAUAGUUUACACAGCUUACACAGUAUGCGCAGUUCACGCAGCCACACCGGGCCCCGACCACUCUCUGACUUCACAUACAUUGACGAAGACCCGACAAACACCGCGCAGAACGCCGCCUACAACAAGCCCUCUAGUAGGAGUGCCGAGCCGAUGAUGAGUCAGGAUUACGAGACAAACUACAGAGGAUCCUCCAGGAUGCAACAACAGUCCCUCAACAGCCCCGCCUCGCCGUUGUUGCUGAGCGUGACCGGGCCGGCCAACGCGUACAACCAUCAUUACACCAUCACCAAUACCAUCACCGACAAUAGAUCCCCCUCUAGUAACGCCCUCAAUCAGCCCCUGAGUCCCAACCACAUGGCGCCGAUGACCAGCAAUAGAGACAACACCGGGAAUUCCCUGCUUCUGAGUUCCAACAACUUGGUCCUACCGGAGCUGUCCAAGCUCGUGCACGAGACCAGCAUCUAAAGACUUUUUCUCUCUUCUCUAUGUAUCGUCUCAUUCCAUCCCCCACCAUUCCUCUCUACAUUUUCUUUUUUUGUUCUUCUCACCGUCGUCGAUUCGCGCGCGACCAGAGCUUUAUCCCCCUCUCGCCGUUUCUUGCUUCGAUUCUAUCUGUCCGUCCUUUAAUUCGAUAUCCCUUAUUUCGUUCCCCUUCGCUCGCCAUUCUUUUCUCUCUCUUCCCCCCUUCUCUCUCUCUCUCUCUCUCUCUCUCUCUCUCUCUCUCUCUCUCUCUCUACUAUGUAGAGGGACUUGUACAUAUUCUGUCCCUAUAAUCUCUCACCCCCGUAUGCUUUUUGCGCGAUCUCGCUCGAUUCCGCUACCUCGUCUCAUUAGACCGGUAAAACGAGGGCAGUAUCAUCGUCCACGUAAACGAUAUGGACACACUCUCGUUCACGCGUUUCCUUCUACUUUUUCUCCGCUUUUCAGAUACGUCAUCAUCCGUCUCUAUUUCCGCUACCUCUCUUUCCGGGAGCGUACUUAUCGAACGAUCUUGCUCGUUUCGGUCGCCGAGUUCUCUGUCCCCCUUGAUUCUCUUUCUCUCUUCCGUCGCCCUUUUUCUUCGCCCCUCCGACGAAAAACUUCUUCACCACUCGCUCAAUGGGGACGGCGGACCUGAUCUGAUCUCAAAAGGGGUCGAAACGCGCCGAUUUGGAAGUUAAUGCCUACACACACGAAACAAAGCGCGACAUUCGCAAAUCACGAACUCUCGCUAAAGUCGAAUUUCUGUACUUAAGGCGAACGAAAUGCAAAGAAGAGAAAGCAGGGAAUGGUUGCCAAAAACGGGGCUAGGGUAUGCUCCGCGGACGGUAUCGCGACGAUUUGCGAAUGGCACGUGUUCUCGUGCAUGGGCUGUACACUAUAUAUCAGAUGGUAUACAGGGGUCCCGCUUUACUACCGCUUCUUUCCUCGUACCCCGACUCUGUGUUCAUCGGGUGAAAGUACUAUUUUCGCAUUUUUAAGGUAGCGUUCCAGAGUUCGUCGUCCGUUGAACGACGGUGAUACGGGCUGCGACGCGAGCAAGCUGUAAAAAAAAAACCGAGAUAGAAGAAUCUAACUGCGAGUUAUCGCCGCUUAUCUUGCGAAACAAUACUUUUAAACGCCCGAAAAUAAUUAUCGCUAAUUAAUUACAAGCUACUCCAUGAUAAUUAAUUACAUCGCGGCUCAUUACGUCGUGGAUUGACAGCAGAUUUUCGUCUCAAGUGGACUCAAGUACUAGAAAUGUGGGGAAACAUUUCCAAGUGCUAUUACAAGAUAUUAAUUAAUGGGAUUUUUUUUUUUAGAAAGUUUUUCUAGAUAAAGAUUUUGUACGUUUUGUUGAACCGGCAAUGAAUAGCCAGCUGUCGCAGCCCGUGUAAAGUCUGAUAUUAACUAUUAAAACGACCAAAUCGAUUAUCUCAGAGCAAUGACGAUUGUACGUACGAUUGUCCGUAUAUGAAAAUAGUAUUUUAUCCGUAUACUUGACAAACGUAGACGGCGCUUAAGUGCUUGUCCGCUUAUCAACCGACCUCGUACAACCGUUUACUUAUUUAUCUACCUAUUUACCUAUUUUUGAACUACUGACCAAUAAUUGGUGAUAAAAUGAUUAAAAAGUUACGUAAGUCUUUACAUGUUAAUCUCUUACAAAAAAAAUUCUAGAAAAUAAAAAAUGUGUAUCUUCCCUCUUGUGACAAAGUAACUAUUUUUUUUGUUUAACAGUAAAAGUAUUAUUAAAAUAUUUGAUUAUAUUUACAUAUCUUGUAGGUACAUCAAAGAUAAAAUAACUUUGUAAGUUAUGUGAGAAAAAGCAUUCAAUGAAUCAAGGUGGUACUUGUUUCCUCAUGAAAUCAUUUUGAGCGUUCGCCAAUUUGACAGUCAGCGGUGAUCACCCCCUCUCCCCCCCCCCCCCCUCGUCACUCGUUUGCUUGCCUGUUUGGGAUUGAAUGUGAAUGUGUCUGUUCGUUCGAUGACUGCGUGAUAUGACCAACGACGAUCCGACGGAUCGUCGUGAACGACGAUGAUGACGCUACCGGACGACAAAUCUACCUCGACAGAGAUAAAUCCUCGCGGACUAACACUUCUAACUGCCCUUCGCGAGUGCGACUAACAAAGAAGAGUAACUUAUCUAUCUUCCGCCUUCCCCUGUCUCCCCCUCCCCCGCGUCCGGGGCGGAGAUAAAAGACGCGCAUUUCGGCGCCGCUCGAGCGACAGCAAUCGCUCGAUCGCGAUCGACAAUCGAAAAGGGGUAUCCGAGAAGGUGUACCAUUUUAUACCACGAAUCUUUCUCGUCUGUACGCCUAUACACCGAAAACUGUAUACGCGACUCGAGGCUGAACGUACUUACAUCUUCACCAUCACGCCUCGAUCUCUUCUAUCUUCACAGCAUCACCGUCACUAUCGUGAGCGGGCCUGGUUCUACGUGUCGCUGGUCCUCGGAGCGAAAAGUUAAGAUUAAUUAAGAAUUAAUUAAGAUUAAGCAAACUGAAGCCGCGAAAUACCGAAUGCAAGACACGCGCGAGAAAUCUCUUUCAUGAAUUUCGAUAAGAACACGUUCCCCAUCCAAUUUUAAUCGUAGUCAGUUUUAUAAAAAUCCAUACUAUUUUUCUUAAACUUACAUAAACUUCAGAAAUAUAUUAAUUUUUAAUACCUAAAAUUAUCCUUAACCUAUAUAUAUAACUUCUGAAUGUGCCAUUGAGAAAACGGAUAUCUUAAAGAGGAGUAACUCACUACUUCUAAUUUUUAUCUCUAUAUAUUAAAGAAAAUAUAAUGUUCUAAAUGUGUGAUCCAAGUAGGCCGCGCUUCACGGUACAUCCGGCCCCGCCUCGAAUCCUUUCUUCUCGGCGUAUCUCCCUUAAUUGUUCUAUAAAACAUUCAUUCAUCUCCCUCUGUCUCUUUUUCUUUUUCUCUCUCUCUCUCUCUCUCUCUCUCUUGUCUGUGCCUCUUCUUGUCUGUUUCGAAGAACCGAGUUCCGUCGACGAUCCUGGCGGAUAGGGCCCAAAUCUUUUUCUUUCUCUCCUUUCUCUCUUUCUCUCUCGACCGCUCGAGACGAAUCCGCGGAGGCCCCCAGAGCGUUGGGAAUCGUCGUCCGCCAGAGAAUCCCGUCCCCCAACUUUCUCGUUCGAGUGAAAAAGAAGAAAUAGGAGAAAUAAGUAAGAGGAAAAGUUGUCUAUAGCUGAACCGUACGAUGAGGAAGGAAAAAAAAAUUAAUGGUGCGACCGCGAACUAUAUACGUUAGGACGGUUCGUUUAUCCAUGUUCUUUGCCGAGCGACAGCGUCGAGUGUGAUCGAGCGGCGAAUGAAUAUAUUAUCGCGAUGACGACGUAUACGACGAUGUCGUUACAGACGGAGAGACGGAGGAGCAUUCUCGCUCUCGAUAUUGUAAUAUGUAAGUUAUUUAAUUUUACUCAACUCGUCACGCGCGCGCGCGCGCGCUCUUUUAUUUAUGAAUCUUGUAACUUAAAAAUCGAGGGAGUCCCUGUGCCACGGGAAAGGGGCACUGCGAGCGCGUCGAUCAACAAAAAUUCGAUCUGCAGAUUUCCAGAGAAUCGUCACCGCGCGUGUGUUCUCGUGGUUCCGGGAUGAUGGAGACCGACGCACAAUCCCGAUAGGCUUAAAUUCCGACGCGCUACUUAUUUUCGCUCUUUUAAUAUCGCUGUGUGACGCGAGACGCGAGAUAUAUAUAUAUAUAUAUACAUGCAGAUAUAUUUUUCCCUUUUCGUAGCAGCGUCGGAAAAUUCGACCCGACGGAAUUUACGUCGGUUUCAAUUCCCGUUUCGGUUCCCCCCACGUUCCGUUUUUCCGCGCGAGGAGGGAAAAUACCCUUCGUUCUGGAACGAAGAAAUGUACUUAAAUCGUCGGAUCUCGUUAUCUACGUUACUUUAUUUAUCCCACUGUCGCUCCUUCUCGGGUUUUCUCCGUUUCCUUUGACCGUGUCCUCCUCGUCGAGGCCGCGCAAAAGGGCGGAAAAAUUUACUUUACAAGCGUUAAUUUAUUCUACGUAAUAAAGUAAAUUGACAGUAGGAUAAUUGUAACUACGAUUAAUUGUAACUACGGAAGAUUUUCCAACGACGAGGAUAUAUAUUUAAAUUGAAGAAAUUUGAAUUGUCGAUUUUAAAUUUUUUAAAUUUAAUAUUCAUUAGAAAAUUAUUCGUCGGAAAAUGGAUUUUAACGUUGGAAAUUACAUCGUGAUGUUGCUAUUAUCCCAUUGUCAUAGUUAUCCCUGUCUCCCUUUGUCCCUCUUUCCAACCUCUCGUUCGAGGAUCGAGAGAUACGCCGAGGUUCAAUCGCCGGACGACGGAACGUGGUCGCCGAGAGUCCUUUCCCCCUUUUUUCUCCCCAUCUCCCUCUUUUUUUUUGUCCAGUCACUUAAUUCGACAGAUCGAAAAUCGAUUUUCUUCGACUAAUCGUCGUUGAAUUUAAAUGUGUCUGCUACUGCCAGCGCGUUAACUCACGUCGAGAGUAAUGAAAUAAAGAUACAAAAAAAAA